UCGCGUGCCGGUCGCGCGCGCGAUCUUUCACAAAGAGCGGCAGCUGACGCGCGCCGAGCCACAAGUCGAGUUGUGAACGUGCGUUCGCCGAAAACCGCAUGAAUCCGCGCAGCCGCUACAGUACCGGUGUCAGUCGCGCUGCUUGCCGAAGUUCAUUGCUUGGUGCGGUGUUGACAGGCUUGCGGACGGCGAGCCGCCCCUUGGAGUUACUCAGUCAUGAAUGAGCCGGUUAAGAAGAGCUACCUGCCCGUCGUGCAUAAGUGCCCGUGCCUGAAGAGCCACCCCGUGGUCAUGCCGCGUUCUUUCCCGGAGGAAGUGCACCAGCUGCGCUGCCAGGAGAGCGCCGAGGCGGGCACAGUCUCCAAUCUGAAGUUGCACGUAGGCAAACUGUUCCGGUCUUCGUCGGCGACGACCGCCAACGGUGCCGCGCCACCCAGCCCGUCGCCGCCCUCCAGCCAGACGUCCAUACCGCCCUGGAACCCGGCCAGGCGCAUUGUCACCUUCGUCUGUCUCGUGUCGCUCAUCUGCACCGCCAUCAUCGUCGCCGUCGUGGUCGCGGCCGUCCUCCUGUCGCGCCACAUCGCGCACCCGUCACGGCAGCAGCAGCGUUACCGGCGGCUCAUGUCUGACGUCGCCGUAGACGUGGUGCCCAAGCCUCAGGACCUCGUCGAUCGCACCAACACUAUCGUCGUGCACCGCAAGAACCCGACCGCGUGGCAGUCCCAGUCGCGUCAGCUGCGCUCGCUGCUGGACAGCUACGCCACCGAAGGCGGCGCCGGCUCCCGCUGCGAGCCCGGCGGCCGUUGUCCCUUCCCCGUGGGCUUGGUCAGCGACAACUGCAGCGCGGCGGACUUCUUCGGCUACCGGGAAGGCGCCCCUUGCGUUGCCCUCGUCUUCCGGCGCGCCCCGGACUGGACGCCGCAGCCACUGGCGCCCUCGGACCUCGCGUCACCCGCGGUGCCGGACGAAGUGCGCGAGGGCUACGACCCGGGUCUGCUGUACGUGACCUGCAAGAGCGAGCACAUCAGCAGGGACAUCGACAUCCGCUACUCGCCCUACCACGGGUUCCCACUUCGCUUCUUCCCGGCCACCCGGCACCCGCCGAUGUUGAUGCUGCACUUCCCCAACCCGCCGCUUCGCACCGAGAUAUGGGUCACCUGUCGCUUCUGGGCCAAGAAUCUCGACCAGUCCAGCAAUGGGAAGGUGACCUUCAAGCUUCUCGUCAUGUGAGUGCGCACGACGAAUAGUGUGAAUCUGGUGAGAGUUGAACGAUACCAUCCGCACCACUCCUCUCCACGAGGACGGAGCCGUGGACAUGGUCCAUGGAGCGAUCACGUCCCGGCGAUUGCUCAGAAGACCGUCGGGCUCUCCGUUUACGUCGGCAAGGACCAGUUUUAGACUUCUUGGUGCGUUGACGUGCGCGAGCUGUGAUCAUCCCGGAAGAACAUGCGCGUCAGGACGCGAAUCUGCUCCUGCUGCUGAUGAAAGUGGCUCGUGGUCCCUGACGCGCUUGUAUAAAAAAGCGAGAAUCGAUGUUUACGCGGCUGCGUUGACGAUGUGGACAGUUACACUCAAGUGCCGAUACCCGUGCAUCGCACCCUUUAUCACUGGAUUCUGUCAAUGAACAGUCACCUGCGUUUUGUGCAUGUCAUCCUCAAGCAUUGCUUGCCGUUGCGGGGACUAAAGACGUUCUUGCUCGUGAACAAUACGGAAUGUGCGCACGAAUGUGUUGCAGUGUGUACGAAGUGCAAAAGCGUAACGCGUGUAGUCGUACUUUCAAACGCUCUAAAUGGCGCAUGUCUGCGAAGCAGAGGUUGCCCCAUUACCGUGUUUGUGUCUUUGCAUGACAGCGGCGUUUCUUGCUUUCUUUUAUUUAUUUAUUUUUCUCUGUCUUACGAAGGCGACUGCCCGUGCAGAAGAGAUACAUACAGAAGCAAAGCUCGGUAAACAAUUUUCGAAAAUCACAGCCGCUAUUCAAGACAACGUCAUACGCCCAAAACUGCCAAUGUGGAUUAUUUUUCUCGCUCAUUGCGACAGGCAUCACUCAGGCAUACGUCGAGGUAUCCCGAAGUUGAAGCAUGCUAGCACGGAUACCCCUACGCAUACGUUGAAUAUCUUAAUCUUUCUUUGUUAAUUUAUUACAAGCGUUGUUCUGUUGAUUGUAGA